AAGAUUAAGAUCAGGUGCUACAUGCUUAUCACCCAAAGCAAUUAGGGAUAUUAUUACUGCAAAGGGUACAGGAAAUGCAUUACCAAUAUUAGCUUUAAAAUAUAAUGUAUCAUAUGCACAAAUUCGUGAAAUAUGGAAAUUUGCUAUU